AUGCCGCCUGCUCCUCAGCCCGCCGCCCCCGGGGACCUGGACGCCCCUGUAAAUGCCGUUUAUAUUAAAGGCAUCUGUGCAGGGUUUGUGAGGUUUAAGCUUGCUAGGCCCCCAACUAAGGACGUGGCGUGGCAUUGCUGGACCAUCUUCCUCGCAUCUAACUGUGGCCUGGACCUCUCUCCUUUCGUCGAAAAAGUUACCUUUGUUAUCCACAAGGACUUCAGUUCAUACGUUCGCUCUGUUUAUGACCCGCCCUACGAGACAACAGUCAUAGGACAGCUGGGCUUCGAGGCCUUUAUCCACAUAACAUACCGUGAUUCUAAACUGCCGUCUUCUAUCAUAAGCAUCAGCAUUGUUAUAGACGGGGAUGACUACACCCGACGAAUCUACCCGGACAUGCUUGUCUUUGUCAAUCCACGGUUUUGGUUUUCUCGCUUGCUGGACAUAGAGCGGAUAUGUACCAAGCAAUCGAGCAUCCUUCACCACUUGAGCAUGCAGCAGUUUAUUCGCCAGGAGAACGCGAUGGGCCACAUUCCCCAUGUCUUCGACAGCUCCACAAAGGUAGCACUCAGUGAUGAUGUGCCACUAGAGGAAGCUGUCAAGCGGGAGGGGUCCCCACGGAACGGAACAGCCUUCUACAGAACCGACAGCCUGCAAGCAGAAUAUCUAUACCCUCCUGCAGGCGAGUCUGUGGGUCUCUACCACUGCUGUUCUGCAGCGACCAAUAUAUUCAAGGAUACCAUUGAUCGCUCGGCAGAGUUCAUAGCCAAAUAUGUAUCCGACAUCUGUGUCCGCAAGACAGAUCAACACUAA